AUGCGAGUUGCUAUCGCCGGUGGAUCAAGUCCCACACUAGGGGCCUCUAUUGUCUGCGCCCUGCUUGCCACCCAUGGACGCUAUGUCCCCAUAGUUUUGUCCCGCGAGAUUGACGGGCGCUCCUCGAAUGAACUGGGUCCAGCGUACGAAAAUGUGGAAACUCGUCACGUGGAUUACCAUUCCCAUGAAUCUCUCGUGGCCGCUCUGCGUGAUGUGGAUGUGGUCCUCAGUGUCUUACUUGUCCCGGGUCCGGAGUGGGUGACCACACAGGUGAACUUGCUUCGUGCUGCUGAGGUGGCUGGGUGUCGCCGUUUUGCACCGUCGGAGUUUGCCCUUACCUCGUGGGCGCAGACAAGGGUCGACAUACUUGAAGCAAAGAACGAAGUCUGGAGAGCUGUUCAGGCGUCGGUUGACAAAGGCCACAUUGAUGCCGCCCGCUUUCCAUGUGGCAUGUUCAUGAACUAUCUGGGGAUAGGAUGUCCCGAUGAAUCAAAGCGUGCGGAGGCCUUGGCUGGCUUCCAAGAGGGCCCGUUUCUCAUCCAUCUUGACGAUCAUGAUUCGCCCUGGGUCGAGGUGCCUGUUAGAUCUGAUGGGACGUUCCCAGAGCUUACUAUGACCGACAUCCGGGAUGUGGGCCAAUUUAUAGUGGCUGCACUAGAUCUUGAAGAGCCAUGGGCGGGUCGGGACCUGGGAAUGGCCGGAGAUACUCUCAGCUUCGAGACCUUGAUCGCCCUCUGCCAGCGACACGUGGAAAGGACGAUUGACAUCCGGCGCUUGACUGAGCAAGAACUGCAGGCGAGGUUAACAAGCAUGCCGUCUCACGAAUUCAUUGCCCGCAUGGAGUGUCAGCUAUCCCUUGCCUGCGCACAGGAUGGAUCUGUGGUCUCGCCUACAUUGAACCAGCUGUGCCCCGUGCAGCCGACUACCGUAGAGCAAUAUUUAGAGCUUUUUUGGGGGAGUGGUCCAGGGAAAUCGUGA